AUGUUGCCGCAAACGUUCGAUUUUCCCACAUCGUCUACAGCAGCGGCUGCAGUUGAGGAAGAAGCGGAAAAAGUGUGCGCCGUUUGCGGUGAUCGAGCUGUUUGUUUUCACUACGGUGCACGAACAUGUGAAGGAUGCAAGGGUUUCUUUAAGAGAACUGUCCAGAAAGCAUCAAAAUACGCAUGUGCCGGUAAUCGUAACUGUCCAAUUGAGAAACGCUACCGAUCCAGAUGUCAAGCUUGUCGAUUUCAAAAAUGUCUCAACGUCGGCAUGGUGAAAGAAAGUAGAAUAAGAAACGAAUGCAUGAACUCUUCACUCGGAUCACUAACUUAUCUUUUUUUGGGAACAGUUUUUUUGAAGCUCAUUUUCGGGGGAUAUUUUAAAGUCGGGAGGUUUCAUUUUUUGCCAAGAACCAAGACGGAGAAAAACGGCUCUUAA